GUUUUUUUUUAAAUUUCCAUGGCGCAAGUCCUCGUAUGUGACAGUUAACAUAGCUAAUACUAAAACAAGUGGAAACGAUAUAUUUUACCAACUUAGUUUCCAGUUUCCGCCAACAAGAUGAUAGCUAGCCUUUACUCACUGUGUUCUCACACGGAAGCCUUAAUAAAAGUCGUAUGACUCUGAAAGGGGAGGAGGAUAUCAUAUUGACGGCAGAGAGGAGUGACAAACAGCGUAGCGACGAGGAACAGGUUUAGGUAGACGAUAAAAAACGCCUCCUAACUAGGACCGAGAAAAUACCUGCUGCUAAAGAGUUUCCCGUAGAGACCCUGGGAGGAGACCCGGAAGUGUGACCUCCUUUCACUGCGUGCCCAGAACAGUUUCAUCCAGCUCCUCGCCAUGUCUGCUCCUGGUUACCCAGGCUCUUACAGCAACCCACCCUACCCAAUGCCUCAGCAAGGUGGCCAGUCCGUAGCCCCUUAUCCAGUUCCUCAGGGGGGGUAUGGAGACCCCAGUCAAGCCCCUCCACCAGGCUUCAACACGGGCUACAAUCCAGCCCAAGGCCCUGUCAUGUAUCAGCCUGGUGCGGUCGGCCCAGGCCCAGUUCCAGGACCGGAGUAUGGUGCCCCUCCAGGAGGGAUCGCUAUGGCUCCAGCUGGGUCUCCAGCUGUGGUUCCUGUUGGUGUCCCACCAGGGCUCGAGUACCUCACACAGAUUGACCAGAUCCUGAUCCAUCAAAAAGUGGAACUCCUAGAAGCAUUCAUCGGGUUUGAGACCAACAACCAGUACGAGAUAAAGAAUAGUCUGGGCCAAAAGAUCUACAAGGCCAAAGAGAAGAACGACUGCUGCACCAGGAACUGCUGUGGCUCGCUGCGCAGCUUCGACAUGAAGAUCAAGGACAACAUGGACAGGGAGGUCAUCCGUCUCAUACGGCCUUUCCGCUGCGUCUCCUGCUGGUGUCCCUGCUGCCUGCAAGAGUUGGAGGUCCAGGCGCCGCCAGGCACCACCAUAGGCUAUGUCAAACAGGACUGGCACCCUUGCCUGCCAAAGUUUUCCAUCCAGGGAGCCAACAAGGAGACCCUGAUGAAACUGGAGGGGCCCUGCUUUGCUUGCAACUGCUGUGGGGAUGUCAACUUUGAGCUGAAGACCAAAGAUGGGGACACGCCCAUUGGUCGCAUCAGCAAGCAGUGGAGCGGCCUUUUGAAGGAAGUCUUCACAGACGCGGACAACUUUGGCAUCCAGUUCCCGCUGGACCUGGACGUGAAGAUGAAAGCUGUGCUCAUGGGAGCCUGCUUCCUCAUUGAUUUCAUGUUCUUCGAAAAGGUCGGGGACGCCAACCAGCGCAGCACGGUGUUUUCAUAACAGAGGGGAAAACAACAGCAUUACAGCAAGUGCAAGAUAUGCAUUGUAUGUACUUUGUUUUUUUUUUUUUUUUGCAUUCACCAAAUUCCAGCCAAAAUGGCGUCAAUCCCAGGAUCAUUUUAUACAAGCAGACCAAAAUGGGCCGAUAAACUCAUGAUUCCAGGUGCCUGCCAAGGAUUGUUUUUGAUAUCUAUCCAAACUCUGAGUGAUACCUGCUUAGUUCUUUACACUCCAUGCAGUCUGUAGUUUUAUCUAUUUGAAGUGCGUGAAUGCACCUCCAUCUGAGCUUUAAUCCCUGCCAAAAAAAGUCAACAUGACCCCCUCAAUGUCGUUUUCAGUGCCCACAAAUUUAGCUCAAAGCACUGCUGUGCCUCACUACAGCCUCAGAGCAGCUAGCUCAACAUCAACAAAAGAUGUACAUAGAACCUGAACAUGAGUCAUUUUUUAGCUUAAAUAGGGAAGUGGUGGUUGGGCCAGAGAGAGGACUUGUGAACACAGGAGUUAACACAUGCUGAGGCCAUUUACCAAAGUGCUCUUUCUUCUACCUCUCAGCAGCCUUUCUCUUCCUCGAAGCCCUCCGUCUUAAACCCUAGUACAUUAUCUAACAACCCUGCAGCAUAGACUAGAGUGUAAAUGCUCUCAUGCCCCCUCUGUAGUUUAUUGGUUGCCAUGGAAACCGACAUCACUGCCAAACCUCACCCUCCAAUUCCUCCAGACACCAGUGCCUUGAACAUGUGCCAGGUUAAUGAUUUAGGUGAGAGAGUGAGUGUAGGCUAAGGUUAAAAGGAGGAAUAAGUCAAGUAAAGGAAUUGAAAGAAAAAGCAGAAGUUGAGGUUGAGGUUAGUAAACGUUAAUCUGACUCCACAGUGGUUGGGAAAACCCUUGUUGGUGGUGGGUUUAAGGAAAUGUAUGAACUUUCUGUAGUUGUGUAGCAGAAAGAGACCUGAAUGUAAAGUUGUCAUGUGAAAUUUAGUUUUUGUUUUAGCUCAUAUUACACUGUCAGUAACUACAUGUGUCUGAUAUAUAGGCCAGAUAAGUCCUUCCGUUGAGGCAGUCAUUUUUUUAUUGCUCACACUACUUGAUGUAAAUAAGCUUGCAUAGACUUGAGUUAAAUAAAUUGAACAUUAUGGCUAUUA